AUGAAGGCGGAUCAGGUCAAGGCCACCGACAAGCCGAAAGACGGUUUCUGGAUCGAGAAGUGCGUCGGGAAUGCGGCUGUUAUCUACUCCAAGGACACCACGGACCGCUUGACUGACCUUGCUGGCGCGCUCCUGAUUAUGUGCAUAUCUGUGUACUUCACCGUUGGCGGUUACCUGUUCUACCGUGAAAUCGUUCUGAGCGAGUAG